AUGUAAUAAUAAGGAUAAGCUCCAUUAUAAAUAGAACAUUACAUAAUAGGUAAAACAUUGGGUGUGGGUGCAUUCGGAAAAGUCAAACUGGCUAAACACAAUAUUACUAAUACAUAAGUGGCCAUCAAAAUCAUCAAUAAAAGAAAAAUGAAGAAUUCAAGAAUGGGUGCUAAGAUAAGGCGUGAAAUAAGGUUGCUCAGAUAUUUUAAUCAUCCCAAUGUAAUUAAACUAUACGAAGUAUUGGACACCCCAGGAGAUAUAUUUGUAGUAAUGGAAUAUGCAGAAAGAGGAGAAUUAUUUGAUUUGAUCGCAUAAAGAGGCAAAUUGCCUGAGAGUGAGGCUCGCAACUUUUUCCUUUAAAUAUUAAGUGGAGUCGAAUAUUGCCAUAACAAUUUAGUAGCCCAUCGUGAUCUCAAACCAGAAAACAUUCUGAUUACUCAUAAUUAUGUUGUCAAAAUCGCAGACUUCGGAUUAAGUAAUCUGAUGAAAGAUGGGAAGUAUUUAAAAACCUCAUGUGGUUCUCCAAAUUAUGCUGCACCUGAAGUGAUAUCAGGAAAGACUUAUUGUGGUUCCGAUGCUGAUGUUUGGAGUUGUGGAGUAAUUUUGUAUGCAUUACUUGCAGGUUUCUUACCCUUUGAUGAAGAAACCACCCAAGCUCUCUUUAAAAAAAUCAAAAGUGCUGAUUACACCAUCCCAAGUAGUUUCAGUCCUCAAGUGAGAGAUCUCAUUAAUAAAAUGCUCACUCCAGAUCCAUUGAAGAGAAUCAAAUUCCAUGAGAUUCAUCUUCAUCCAUAUAUGAGAAGCACUUAAGUUCCCUUUUAUCUCCAAAUACCAUUCAAAUUAGACGAAGGACGUAGAUAAAUCAAUGAAGAUGUCUUUGAGAAAUUAAUGCAAUUGCAAACAGUUAAUUUUAGAGGUAUGACACAAACAUAAAUUCAGAAGAGUAUCAGAAAAAGAGAAGACAAAUCAUUUGUAGUCAUUUAUGAUUUACUAUUGGGAUAAUUAGGAGUUGAAUCUUCUACUCCCAUGACUCUACACAAUUUAACUAUGCAUGAUCUAAUCUUUAAUCCUCAAAUUCCAUAAAUUGAAGGACAAUCAUUCAAUAAUUGUCUAUUGAAUGAAAUUUAGAAGCCUUAGCCUUAUGAUUACGGUAAGGAAUUACCAAAAGACAUAAUGGCAAUUGUUUACCCUUAUCAAGCGAGAUAAAUCGUAAAUGCUAUUUACACUUGUCUAGAGAAAUUUAAUACUGUUAUUAAGAUAAAGAGUCCUGAUUACAAGUUGAAAUGUUAUCAUAAGAAUCUCAUAAAGAUGACAAAGUAUAAUUCGAGCAUGGAGUUAUUCAACGAAUUCCAAAAAGAAGUGGAAGAAACAGGAUCGAAAAAUGAUUUGGCUUCUCUGACUUUUAAGGACGAUGGCAAGAAACCAAAAAUUAAGGAAAAUAAAUAUUCAGCCAAAGAGAUUAUAUUUAACAUCUAAAUUUAUAAGAUGCCAACUAACAAUAACGAUCACAUGAUUGAUUUCCAAUUAUGCAGAGGUCAUCCUGUGGUUUUCAUGGAUUUUUGCAAUAAAGUGAUAGCUUUGCUAAAUUAACACUUCAAUUAAAUUUGA